AGCGAGCGCGCAUUACCCGGGCUUCGACCGUAACCACCACCACGCGGACUCGGCUCACUCGACUUCCGUCGGCUUUCUCGUUUGCAGUAACAGUCGACUUCAAUCCACCGACAUGGCUUCAGGGAUGGGGGACAGUCUACUCAGUACUGAUGGUCAGGUCGGCUCAAUGCCGGUCGAUCCUGUAGAAGCGUUCUUGGCAUACUCGUUCUCGACGGAUGCGGUAUUCCAGCAAGGUCUAGAGAGCAUAGUAGCAUCGGGGGCACUCGAGGGCAAAUCGGAGGAAGAGAGGGCUGUGAUCUUGCGCAGCUCUCAGGUCUUCUACUUUAAUCGCGCUAUCGGCUGUUCCAUAACAAUGGACGAAGUGAACGAGCGGGAACGCUCGCGGCAGCUUGUCCCUGCGACAAACGCUGUCAAUUCCAAUGGGCAUUCAGAUGACCCUGCAGUCGCGUUAUCAACACAGCAGUCGGACGUUGAGCCACGCACUCUCAGCUUCUCCGAGCUUAAGGCACUCAUUGAGCAAGGCAAGACGGAUCAAAUUCCCAAUAAUAGGCAGAUACCGAAUGAAUUGAAUCAAGCAACGCCCAGUCAGUCAACUACAGGCUUGCGUAGGAAGCCCUGGGAAGCCGAGACGUAGAACAAGAAUCCAGAGACUGAUCGUUGACUGACUCCCUGUACUAUC